AAAAAAUAAGCGCGCAACCAGAAGCAAAGCCUGAGACGCAGUCACGCAGAGUUGGAGACUUGCAGACUUGCAGACGCACGUGGCACGCCUCAGCCAACACCGCCGACGGCCGACUCACUGGGCGUCGGCCGCGCCGACUCGCCGACUCUCCGAAGACGCACCCAGCACCCUAAGGCCUAACCUGCUUGUUGACUCGCCGUCUUGACGUCUGCGGACUGCACAUCUUUGGCUUGAGCCAAUUUGGACUCCAUUCUCCAGUAUUUUGGCUUUUCUCCUCUCUUCUGCAGCCUGCAGGUCUGCUGAGCCAAGGUAUGUACUUUUGUGUUUUUACAAUUUUUAUCAGUUCGUGUUAGUUUAUUAGUUCAUUAAUUUAUUUGUUAAAUUAGUUUGUGUUAGUGACUUAGUGUGCAAUUGAUUUGUGUAAUUUUGUUUUUCCACGUGUAUUAAUUUAUUUAUUAAAUUAGUUUGUUUUAGUGACUUAUUGUGCAAUUGAUUUGUGUAAUUGUGUGCUUUGAAAUUUGAAUUGUGAAAUAGAAAAUUAGGAAUGUCAAAUGUGGUUUGUGAAUUUUUUAAAAUAUUAAUAUGAAGUAUAUGAAUUCAAAUAAAAUAUUGAUUAGUUUUUAUUUUUUUGGUAAUUUUAGUAGGUAUGGCUACUCAAUCUACUUCCAAAAAGGAAAAAAUCACAUUGCGUUCAUUUUAUAAGCCUACUACAAGCACACAAAGUAGACAAAAGUUAAAUGUCUCAAUUGAAACUCCCAAUAUCGUUUGACCAUCUUUAUUGAAAAGGAAUUUGCCAACAAAAUCGACAUUGAGUCUGUCAUAGAUGUGUUUGCCAAGGUCAAGUAGUGUCAUGUUCAGUUAACGUUUUAGUUUCAAACAUUGUAUGUAUUGUUUAAAACAUAUUACUAUGAAUUUUAAUGGAUUAAUCAUUAUGCUUACACUAUUGUCGCUUUUACAAUUUUUAUAUAACGUUUUUUUAGAAAUUUAGUGUAUAGUCGGCCCAGGGUAAACAUCCAUCCUGGCUAUGUCCCUGCCACCGCUCCACCGCUCCACUGCACCGGCGCUUCUCACUCAGCCACAUACUCUCUAGACGCCUCUCCCUACUGGCUAGGCGGCUACCGCUGCGCAGGUUUUUUGGUGACAAAUGAUUCACAAGAAUUCCAUAACUCAAAGCCAGACAUUUGCUGGAUCAGGUUGUGCAUGGCAGAACUGUUGAGCACUUGAGCGUUGACAGAAGCUGAAGACUAAGUAUUUGGUGGGCAUGAUAGGAAGAUAUAUACGAUGCUUGAAGUGUCUGUAUAUACCAAAAAUCUUGAAGAACCAGUUUCAUAUGUCAGUUUCGGUUAUCUGCCGGUUCAUUUCGUCUAGUCCCCAAAUUAUUCACUCCAGAAGACAAGAAAUAGGGCCUAUUCAAUCCCCUGAUUACGAACUUUCUUUGGUUUCUUCUUUGAAAUCCUGUUCGGCCUUCUCCUCUAUCCCCCAAGGCCAGCAGCUUCAUUGCCUUAUCUUGAAAUCCGGGCUUGAUACCAACAUUUUCAUUGUGAACAGUUUAAUGAGUUUCUAUGCAAAAUGUCAAUCCGUCGAUGAUGCUAAGAAAAUAUUUGAUCUGCUCCCUUGGUUAGAUCCCGUUUCUUGUAACAUUAUGUUUUCUGCUUAUGCUAAACUAGGAUGUGUAGAUAAGGCAUGCCAACUGUUUGAUAAAAUGCACCAUAAGAACUGUGCAUCGUACACUACUGUCCUCAUGGUUUUAGUUCGCAAGGGAUUCUUGAACAAGGCAAUCCAUGUUUUUAGAGAGAUGAGAUGCUUGGGACUGGUUCCCAAUGAGGUGACUAUUGGGAGUAUGAUAUCAGCUUGUUUGGAAUCUGGGGGGGUCCGGAGUGGGAGAAUGCUUCAUGGAUUGGUUUUGAAGCUGGGUCUUCAUGGAUUUGUUCACGUUUCCACUAAUUUGCUACAUGUCUAUUGUGUCAGUGCUUCUCUCAGGGAUGCUCAUAUUCUGUUUGAUGAAAUGCCGGCAAGGAAUAUUGUUACAUGGAAUGUGAUGUUAAAUGGUUAUGCAAAGGCUAAGCUUGUACACCCAUUGAUAGAGCUUUUUGAGAAGAUGGUCGAUAGGGAUGUGGUUUCUUGGGGUACUGUAAUUGAUGGUUAUAUCCUUGGAGCAAAGUUACAUGAGGCUUUGACAUUGUAUAUGAAAAUGCUUCGUACUGGCUUGAAACCUAAUGAUAUUAUGAUUGUGGAUUUGAUUUCUGCUUGUUCAAGAAUGGUGGCAAUUUCAGAGGGCAAGCAGUUUCAUGGUGUGGCAUUGAAGACAGGGCUGGAUAGCCAUGACUUUGUCCAGGCAACAAUAAUCCAUCUUUAUUCUGCUUGUGGGGAAACUGAUCUUGCUUGUGUCCAGUUUGAAUUAGGUAACAAGGACCAUCCCGUGUGUUGGAAUGCUCUUAUUGCAGGACUAGUUAGAAAUGGUAAAGUUGACGCAGGUCGGUCUCUUUUUGACAGGAUGCCCGAUCCGGAUGUUUUUUCUUGGAGUUCAUUGAUAUCUGGUUAUUCACAAACGGAUCAGCCAGUUUUAGCACUGGACCUCUUCCAUAGAAUGGUGGCUUGUGGCAUAAAACCAAAUGAAAUCACAAUGGUAAGUGUCUUCUCUGCGAUUUCUACUCUGGGGACAUUGGAAGAUGGUAAACAGGCCCACGAGUAUAUAUCCAAGAAUUGUAUUCCUUUAAACGACAAUCUGAGUGCAGCCAUAAUUGACAUGUAUGCUAAAUGUGGCACUGUGGAUACAGCUUUAGAGCUGUUCUACAAAAUCCAAGAUAAAGUAACUGAUGUCUCACCUUGGAAUGCGAUUAUAUGUGGAUUAGCUAUGCACAGUCAUGCUGAGCUGUCACUUGAAAUUUUCUCUGCUUUGGAGAGACAUAAUACCAUAAAACCCAACCCAAUCACAUUCAUUGGUGUCUUGACUGCUUGCUGCCAUGCUGGGCUUGUGGAAGUAGGUGAGGAAUAUUUCAAGAGGAUGAAGGAGUUUUAUAGAAUAAAACCAAACAUCAAACAUUAUGGUUGCAUGGUGGAUCUUUUGGGGAGAGCCGGAAGGUUGAAUGAAGCAGAAAGGCUUAUAGAGAGUAUGCCUAUGGAGGCCGAUGUUGUAGUAUGGGGUGCACUUUUAGCAGCAAGCAGAACACACGGAAACACAGAAACUGCGAAGAGAGCAGCUGAGAACUUGGCAAAAGUGGGGCCAUCCCAUGGGCCAAGCAGAGUCAUUCUGUAUAAUAUUUAUGCAGAUGCAGGCAAGUGGGAAGAUGCAUUUCUAGUCAGGCAAAAGAUGCAAACCCUAAGUCUGGCAAGGGAAAAAGCUUACAGUGGAGUAUUUAUUGAGCAUCAGAGAAUCUCUUAGAAAUAUGUUUGCAGAAAGUAUUAAACCUGUGACUGAGAUGCUGAGACAUGCAGUAGCUAGGAGCCCAGGACUGAAAAGGGAAAAUAGAAAAUUUCACUGAACCAGUGCAGCCUUAAUUGCAUCACUCUGAGAACACAUUGGUUGAGAGACAACCUUGGGUUUCAAAGGGUAAUGAGUUUUAUAAGAACUGGAAUGGAGAUAAAUACUGAUGUUCCCAAUCCAAAGGAGCGACAAGUGGAAGGAUCCAAAUCUGAGACAGAAACUCACAAGGAGGAUUCAGAAAAUGUUGCAAAUGUGCCUCCUGUAUUUAUUAAUUAUGGUGCCCUAGCUUGGGAGGAAACCCGCAGACAAUGGGUUGGGGACACUUCAAGGAAGCCAAAGAAGAUAGCAAAAACCCCAAUCUUGCCUUGGUGGUCACUGAGAUAUGAGGACGUGCUGUUAACUUCUAGGCCUUUCCCAAAGCGAAUCCCUUUAUAUGAGAUGGUAGACUUUUUAGUUGACGAUUGGUGGUCUAAAUGGAUUUCCGACUAAGAGAAAUGGUGGGGUGGAAGAGGUGCAGUGAACAGCCAGGGUACUAGGGUAGCAGUUAAAUUGCUGUUGAUUAAUAACGUAGCAGCCAUUUAAUCCCAGCAAGUUUAGAUAAAGCAUGGACUUAUUUUAUUACUGUUUGAGAUGAGAUUGUUCUGUUUAGUUGUUUGUUUAUUGAUCAUCACCCAUCUUUGUUAAUGUUGUGUACUUGUGUUGUACUACCGUUUCCCUGGCUGAACUAAAUAAACAUUUAGCUAAAACUUGUCCAUGGGCAAAACAAACUACCACUGCUAAACUUGUAGCGGGGCUACCUAAUAGUGUAGAAUUAAUUAUUAGUCAGUUUCCUAUUUGUAUUUGGUAACUUAUUUAUUAUAAAUAUACUCUCAGGGCUACCAGUCUGGUUAAGCCUGUUUAUUAUUCUCACAUGGUAUCAAGAGCCA